GCACUCGUUCGCAAUCAUUCAAAGAGUUUUCCAUCGAGCAGGUUUUCUAUCACAGAAGAAUCAGAAAAUCGUGUUAUCGAACGAUAUAGACGAGGAGAUGGAAAAUACCACGAAUUAUCGUAACAUUCAUUACAAAUCGGACGCAGAAUACACAGUACACGUCGCCAAGACAUUAUUGACACUGAUCGGAAUCUGGCCUAGGAGGAAUACGUUCAUAGAUAACGUAAAAUUUUACGUUCAGAUAGGAAUUGUCUUUUUUCUUAUGUGUUUUCUCUUACUACCACACGUGAUUUAUACUUACUUCGAUUGCGAAAAUCUGACCAAAUACAUGAAAGUGAUUGCCGCUCAGAUUUUCAGUCUUUUGGCGAUCAUUAAAUUUUGGACGAUUAUCAUUAACAGAGAGGAGAUCCGAUUUUGCUUGAUGGAGAUAGAGAUGCAAUACAAAGACGUAGAAUGCGAAGAAGAUCGGUUGGUAAUGAUGAACACUGCAAAAAUCGGCCGAUUCUUCACAAUCGUAUAUUUAAGCCUUAGUUAUACCGGCGCUUUGCCCUAUCACAUUAUUUUGCCCCUGAUAUCGGAAAGAAUCGUCAAGGAGGACAAUACCACUCAGAUACCAUUGCCUUAUUUGAGCGACUACGUUUUCUUCGUAAUCGAGGAUUCGCCGAUUUACGAGAUGACUUUCGUAUUGCAAAUAUUCAUCAGCAGUAUUAUUUUGUCUACGAAUUGUGGGACUUACAGCUUGAUCGCAUCUAUAACGAUGCACUGUUGCGGUCUGUUUGAGGUUACCAAUAGAAAGAUCGAAACGCUUUGCAAGUGGAAUAAUCGGGAUUUGCAUGAUCGUGUUAUUGACAUCGUUCAAUCUCACCUGAAAGCAAUCGAAUACUCUGCACGGGUUGGAGAAUCACUGAGCAUCGUAUUUUUAUCGGAAAUGCUUGGUUGCACCAUCAUAAUAUGUUUCUUAGAAUUUGGUGUAAUCAUGGAAUUGGAAGAUCAUAAAACAUUGAGCACAGUAACGUAUUUUGUUUUAAUGACGUCAAUUUUCGUAAAUGUGUUCAUAAUAUCGUUUAUUGGUGACCGUCUCAAACAAGAGAGUGAGAGAAUAAGAGAAACAUCAUAUUUCAUACCAUGGUACGAUUUUCCAACGGAAGUGGCAAAAAAUAUAAAGACAAUCAUACUUAGAGCCAGUCGACCAUCAAGUCUGUCUGGGGCCAAGAUAUUAGAUCUUUCUCUUCAAGCAUUUUGCGAUGUUUGCAAAACUUCGGCAGCCUACUUUAAUUUUCUGCGUGCAAUGACGGUAUAAAAAUUCACACAAAAGAGAUUCCAAAGGUUUUGAAAAAGUUGAAAAAUGAAUGAAAUGAUUAAGAGUAAGUAUAAAUGUAAUGCACAUAAUAUAAUUGUUUGAAAUUACUUUGGGUAGAGAAAAAUAAGGAAAUGUUUUGAGAAUGGUAAUAAAUGUCUUGCUUAUCUCUC